GCGGUGGCUCCACAAUAACUCUAAACUGCAAACAUAACAAAUACGGCUUAACUGAACCUUUUUUUUUUUUAGAAAUCACUAAAAUAAUGCUAUUAAAAAAAACGUAACAGUGAUCAUUGGAAAUGUGAUUGAAAGUUAGCAAUAGCCACAUACAUAGCAUAAAUUACUAAAGCUAGCAUCCUUAGCUAGCUUAGCUUAAAUAGUAAGUCGCCUUCUGGAAUGGGUAGAUUUAUCUUCCGGAAUGGGAAGAGGUCUUCCGGAAUUGGAAGAGAAGCCUACGUCAUAAAAAAACUAAGAGCUCGAGCCAUCGGAAGAAGGCGUCGCUAUUCUCAACAAGGCUCACGCUCAUUGGUCGGAGCGCAUGCAACGCCUCCCCCCCUGAUUGGUCCGCGCGUCGCCCGAGUCACUCCCCGUCGUUAGCGGCUGAGCGCGGUUCGAAUCCUGGCUCCGCAGGCAGCCGCAUGGAUCCCGCACGUUCUUCCUGCCCCGUGAGCUGGGGAGUGAGCGACCUCACUCGCCUGCGCCGCUUCCUCUGCUUCGGCUCGGAGGGCGGCGUUUACCGUGCGUGCGUGGAUCCGCCAUCUAAGGAGCACGCUCAGGCUCUGCUGUGGCACCUCAUCGAGAGCGGGCAGGGCGAGGCGGCCGUCCGGGAGAUCGUCUCGGCAACCGCCGCCGGGCCCCCGGUCAACGCCGAUGCCGCCGCGCUCGCCCUCGCCGUCUGUUCCUCCUGCGCCGGCCGCGACAGCGCCGAAGAGACCGUCGCGGCAAAUCCGGCGGACCUGCCGGCGCUGAACGCCGGCGCGGAGGAGGCAACCCCGGGGCCGGGAGACGGGGGAGCUGGCGCUGCCGGAGAGCGGACCCGGGAGGACCGGGAGGACCGGGAGCCGGGACCCGCGAAGAGGACCCGGCGGGCGGCGUUUGCGGCUUUGCCGGACGUGUGCCGCACCCCGGCACAGCUCUUCUUGUUCGUGAAGUGCCGCGACGAGAUUGCCAAAGGUCGGGCAGCCGGUGGAGGCGGCGGCGGCGGCGGAGGCGGUGGUGCCGCGGGCCGUUGGGGCCGGGCCCAGCGCCGCGCCGUGUCCCGCUGGUACCACGGCCAGACGGGCCGCUCGCUCAUCGGCGCCGUCACCGUGUGCCGGUCGCGCUGCGGCUACGCGCACCGUGACCUGCUGCGUCUGGCGCACAUCAAGCCGUCCACGCCCGCCGUGCAGCUGGUGGCGAAGUACGUCACGCGCGGCUGGAAGGCGACCAGGGAGGCCUACGCGCACGUCGCCAGCCGAACAGCGACCGUUCGCCCCCGGGGGUCGACGACGGCUGGGAGAAAGUCGCGGGCGGCGGAGGCGGCGGAGGCGGCGGAGGCAGCGGAGGCGGAAGCGGCGCUCGCGCCCAGCGGCGGGCAGCGGGAGGAGGAGGAGCAGGAGGAGGAGCGCGGCGAGGAGAGGCCGAGCGACAGCUUGGGCCCGACGGCGGUGGAAGGAGACGGAGCGCGGGCACCCGGCCACGGAGACGAGGAGCUGCGCGCGAUGCUGCGCUACCUGAGGGCCGUGGAGCGCGUGCGCAGGGCCAGCGACUGCGGGGAGGUGGAGGUGCUGGUGGCCGAGCACGGCCUGGUGUGGCAGCAUCUGCUUACCCAGCAUCUCAAGUCGCCGCAGGUGUGGAUGGUGCUGCUGAAGGAGAUGCCGGUGUCGGCCAUGCUGAGGAGCCUGGGCAAGAUGGCCGCGCUGGACCUGCUUGCUCCCGAGAGCGCCGGCACGGCGCUCGUGUGCCAGAGGCUCUCGGAGACCGACGCGCUGCGCGAGGCCCGCGUGCACCCAUUCCACGUGCUGGUGGCGUUGAGGACCUACGAGCGUGGCCAAGCUGGCAAGGGGCGGCUCAAGUGGAGGCCCAACCCGGCGGUGCUGCAGGCCCUGGACGCCACCUUCUACUCCUCCAUGCAGGUUGUGCAGCCGACGGGCAGGCGCUUCCUGCUGGCGGUGGACGUGAGCAUCUCGAUGUGCGGCGGCGUGCUGGGCACCCCGGUGCUCAUGGCCAAGACCCUGGCGGCCGCUCUCAGCCUGGUGAUCGUCAACACGGAGCCGAGCGCCACCUUGCUGGCGUUCUCGCACACGCUCCUCCCCCUGCCCAUCGACCCCACCCUACGGCUCGACCAGGUGCUGAGGAUCAUGGACCAGGUCCCGCGUGGUGUGACGGACUGCGCACAGCCCCUGGUGUGGGCGCGUGACACGGGGACGCCCGUCGACGUCUUCCUGGUUCUCACCGACAGCAAGGCCACCUGGGGAGCCGUCGACCCGACCGCCGCCCUGCAGGAAUACCGCAAGGAGACGGGGUUGGCAUCGAGGCUGGUCGUGUGCACCCUCACCCGCGACGUGGCGGUGGCCGCCGGCGACGCCGACGACGCCGGCGUGCUUCACGUGUGCGGCUUCGACGCCGCCGCCCUGGACGUGAUCGCCGCGUUCGCCCGCGGCCGAUUCUGAGAAUCGAUUCUGGGAAUCGGUCGCCACCGCCAACCCAGAGCUCAACGCCUACCCACCCACCUACUCCGCCAAACCCUGGGGUUCAAAGCCAUUCAUGUGACCACCACACCUUGCAACCAAUGCUUUCUACCCACUGCUUCUGCACAGUACGCGCAGAGCGACCUCCCAAGCUCUGCACUUAACGGUGUCCUGGAAAUACGCUCGAAGACUCUUAGAAGUGACCCACACUCUCACGCAGACACCCACAAACUUGCAUAGAAAAACGCAGUCUCACACCGAGACCUACAGACUCAAACAGAGAGCCACAGACUCAUCGAGACCCAUAGACUCACACCGGGACCCACAGACUCACACCGAGACCCACAGACUCACACCGAGACCCACAGACUCACACCGAGAUCCACAGACUUACACCGAGACCCACACAUGCUCACACAGAAAACCACAGACUCAUCGAGACCCACAGACUCACACAGAGACCCAUAGAUGUGCACCUGACAACAGUAUCCCACCAUUUGAUUUUCGGUGUUUUCCUCCCCUAGAUCACCGGACUCGUGGAGACCACUCCAUCGCAGGUCACGGUAAUCGGCCCUCUAACAUCCUGCACACAUGUACUGCAGCGCAACCUUCACUUUCCUGAUUCCCGUUUGCACCACUUACGGACGUGUGCAUUGCCUUUCCUGCCUUGUCACUAAAUUCACAGAAAAUGUCUCUGGCAUACGUGCUCAAAUGUCAGCGAAUUCCUUUCCAGCUGCUUAGUGUCCAGCUCCCGGAUCCAAAGUGGUUUCCGUAGCCUAUGAAACGCCCGCCCAGCCAUCCCAAGAGUGUGGCCAUCCCGAACCUAGUUAGGACGGAGCCGGUUCGCAGCCCUCUCUGUUUUCAAUGCUUCCUAUUGGGUCUCUGUUCCGCUGAGCAGCAUGUUGGGACGGCCACAUUUUUCCACCUUGUAGAUGUGGCUGGCCUAAACAGUGAUCACGGGGGUCGCACAUUCAGCCCUUGAGUUGGCGGUCUGGACAACACUGAGAGCGUUGCUCAUUCAAUGCGGCUGUUACACGGCAUGCACGCAAGGCAUUAAUGGGAGGUGCACGCAAGGCAUGAUGGGAUUUGUGCCUGCACCGUGGAGGUUUAGUGGGACUGGACUCGUACGCUCCCGCAUGCGCGUGUGUGUACGCACGUGUGUCUGCGCAUGUGUGUGCGUGUGUGCACGCGUGUGUGUGCAGUUGUGUUGACUUGGCCCAGAUUGCCACACAAUUAGAAUUUUGACAGUGCAUGAAACGUUUGCGGACAACGUGUAGUUGGAUCGGCAUUUCUGUGCUUAAAAAAAAAAAGCACUUGCAACUUUUUCCCGGCGGCUACACCACAGGAAGGGGAGUAGAGUCAAGGAUAUAAUGGAUGGGACAAUUUAUCGGGACGGGGAAGAGAGACCAUAAAGAAUGGAAAAAUCUUAUCUUAGUUUAUAUUUAUAGAGUGCCUGAGCUCAAGGCUCCUUACAAAGUUGAAAAAGCGGUUUCAAAAAGGAGCAACGGAUAGCGAAUUUGUACAUGGAAUAUUUUGCAACAAAAGCAAUAUCUUAAAGCACACUAAAACCCUCUGCUUGCUUUAGAUAUGUGGAUGACACAUUGGUGGUCCGGCCACACGGCAAAGAUACACUUA